GAGAGAGGGAGAGCAAAAGAUACCGAUCGGGUUCAAUCCUUACCUUAUACGCCAAAACAUUAAAAGCCGCCGCCCCCAAAUCCCUCCAUCUCGCUCUCUCUCUCUCUCUCUCUCUCUCUCUCGUGCUCGACGUCUUUCGUUUAAUUUUCCCUUUCUUUUCCUCUUAUUAUUUUCUUAGGGCAGAGCGAAACCCUAAGCUCCUCCGCCGCCCCCAAAGCCCUCCAUCUCGCUCGCUCUCUCGUGCUCGCGUCUUUCGUUUGUUUAUACCUUUCUUUUCCUCUUAUUAUUUUCUUAGGGCAGAGCGAAACCCUAAGCUCCUCCGCCGCCCCCAAAUCCCUCCAUCUCGCUCGCUCUCUCGUGCUCGCGUCUUUCGUUUGUUUAUCCCUUUCUUUUCCUCUUAUUAUUUUCUUAGGGCAGAGCGAAACCCUAAGCUCCUCCGCCGCCCCGUCGUCGAGAUGUCAGCAACCGGCGCGGACACCAAGCCGGAGGAGGGGGAGACCGCUGCCGUGGCGCCCGCCGCUGGGGAGGUCCUAUACGGCGGGGGUACCAACUGGGACAUGCUGGGCCAGAUGGGGACCCCAAUGCUGCGAACCUCGUCUCCCCCACCAGGCUUCGCCCGCUCGUCGGCGUCGACAUUCGGUUGGUGGCAUCUGGUUGUAGACGGAUGUGCGUUGUCCUUAUUUCAAAACGCUUGUUCUCCCCCACCAGGCUUCGCCCUAACGCUGCCGUGACUCUUUUCUCUCCUUUUGCCCAUAUUUCAAAACGCUUGUUGUCCUUAUUCGUAGAAAACGACGCCAAAAAGGCUCCGUCCACAGUGAUACAAAGGACGUUUAUGAUGCCUUUAAAACUUUUCAUUUUUAGAAGAGUUUUUAACUUAAAAUUGAAGAAUAACUUAGAGUUAAUAUUUUAUGGUUUGAUAUUUGAACUUAUAUACAAUGAAGCGUGUUGUUGUUUUUUUUACAUCUCUAACGUAUACCUUGUCCUGAAGUGAAGAACUCGAUGCUUCAUUUCUGGUUGCGGUCAGAUGGAGAUAUCAUUGUGUGGACCAUGAUGUCAGAAUACUUGCUACUCAGUUUUUUACUAUUCCAUCAUGGAGAUAUUGUGACUUAAGACUUGAGCGGUGCAAUCUUAAGAAGACCAUGAUGUCAGAACAGGACGAAGGCGCGGGUGUUUGAAUUCACCAAUCCACGUCAACUCUGCCAGUCCGUUCUCCUCCGUCUCCUCCAUUCCCAUCUUCGCCACCAACGGGCCAUCCGAGCCUCUGCCUUCUCAAUCAGAUCCAUCUGACGAUAAUGCUGCACCCGCUACAGCUACCGCCGGGGUUGUCGUCUGUGCGAUGCACCAUCUGCAAGUCCAUCUCCUACGUGUCCAAUUCUUGGGGUGUCCCAACGCCUCCGGAGGCUUCUCAUCCCCUUCUGCCUCCUGGCUCCCUCCCGCACCCGUCGCCAUCGUCGGGGCUAUCGCCGCCGCCAAAGCCGGGUGGUGGUGAGCUAAAGAAAGCGGUGAUUUGCAGGGUCACGGAUCGGGAUGGCGGGGCUAUUGCCGCCACCGAAGCUGGGUGGUGGUGAGCGAAAGAUAGCCCCGCCGCCGAAGCCGGGUGUCAGUGAGCGAAAGAAAGCGGUGAUUUGCGGGGUCACGGAUUGGAACACGCCAAACGUGCUUAUGGGGUGUAUAAAUGAUGCCAAGUGUAUGAAGUACCUCCUCAUCAAUCGCUACAGCUUCCCAAAAUCCAACAUCAUCAUGCUAACAGGUACUACUAUGAUCUUUCCUAUCACCAUUCACAACAACAGUCGAUCAAUCGGUCUCUCUCAAUUUGGUUCGUUUGGUUCCAGCCAUAAUCAUUGUGAGCAUAAUCCCUUAUAUAAGCUUCUGUUUCUGAGGUCUUUCCUAGAAAUUGACGUCAUCUAUACGAAGCAUGUUAGUGGACGUAGUUGUAAACGUGCAGUUUAUCUAGAGCUUAAACUCUGGAUUGGUUGUGGAUCUACCAGAUAAAUAUCAAUUACCCAGGUAAUUCGCUAUGCAGAUACCCGGUUCAUUAUUUCAAAAAAAGGGGAAAUUAUAGUUGAAUUGGCACCCCUAACAUGAAUGAUUAGAGCUUGUGAAUCUUCUUCCUCUGUUGGAUUUAUCAAGGAUUGCCUCUUGAUUGGUGGACUUAGCUAGGACAAUGGUGAAUGAAUAUUAAGAUGUUGCAUAUCAAAAGGAAGGGAAAAAGACAUGGGACUGGUGCCUAUGAACUGAAUCAUGAGUUGCGAUCAUAGAUCGGAAUGCCCAGAGAGCUAGUAGAUAAUUCCAUGAAUCAGAAUGUUUAUCAUUAGUUUAUAACAAAGGAAGAAUUUGUUCAAAGAGAUGCUUAUGGCCGUGUUUGUAUGUUCAUCACUUCCAUAAUCUUGAUUCUUUUUCAACCAUUAUGGCAUCAGAUUGAUAAUUUUGUGCAGCAAAGCAAUCCAUAAUCUUUUUUUGGUAAGUACAAAGCAAUCCAUAAUCACUUUAAGUGGUGAAUAAAGCAGCUUUUUUCAUUAAUUUUGCAAAAGAUAAUUGUGCUUUUCUUGGCACAUCUUCUUUGAUGCAAAGAUGAGUAUUGUAGACUAUCUUGCUUCGAUGACAUUUAAGCCCAUUUUAAACUUUAUGGCAUAUACAUUUUCAUUGUAAUUUUUAAAUAGAAACCUGUACUUGUUAAGCCAGUUCCUACUUGUCACCUGGAAUUGUUGUAUCCUUGUUUCCUAAGAUAUGAGAUUCUUCGAGCAGUUGAAGUCUAUCACAACAAGUAGAAAAAGUUAAUGGGUCCUAGUUCGUUAUGUUAAUGGGUCAAUGCAAUGGUGUAGUCUUCUUUGAUGCAUGCUAGAGAAAGAAAUGGCAUAUUGAUGGAAGAAAAAUCUCACACACCAAUGUCAAAGAAAUCGAUAAACCGUCAGAAGAUGUUUCUCAAUGUCAGUCAAAUCAAGCAAAACAGAUGUAAAACAUGUGCAUAUUCAAUGACAACAGAAGACACUUUAAGUGCAAGAGAGAAGGUACACAUUACGGAGAAAAAGGUUUUGCAUAAAGACGAGCAUUAAAGUAGGUUCUGUAUGGACAAUUACCGCAACUCGUCUUUCUCUGCUCAGACGAGCGUUAAAGGAUGUUCUGUGCUUGAAGAUGUAAAGUGGAUGCUUCUGAAGUGGUGUCCUCCGAAUGCUAAUGCUGUUAAAGUAUGUUCAAUGGGCUGUUGCUUCUGGUGUUUGGAACGUGACAGCACUGACUUCGUGGUAGGGUGCUUAAGGGAGGUUUUUGGUUCGCGGGAUGAAGAGUGCAGUGUGGAGGUUCCUCUUAUGUUGCGGGGAGAGGCUGUUGUUCAGCAUUCUGUCUUCAGUUUUGUCUCAAUACAAGUUAAUCUUCUAAGAUUGCUGGUUGAUGAUGUCUUCCGUUCAAACAAAUGUCUGAGUCUGCGGUCUAAAAAACGCUGCAGCACUGCUAGAUGAAAUGAAGCUCUUGGGUGAAGUUCCAAGCAAGCCAAGUGCAAGAAAGGUGUUAAAUUCUGAGCUUUGGCAUGCCUGUGCUGGACCACUUGUAUCAUUGCCUCAACCUGGCAGCCUAGUAUACUAUUUUCCACAGGGACACAUUGAACAGGUGACUUCUUCGACUAGAAAAGUGGCAAACUCACAGAUUCCUUCCUACACAGAUCUCCCAUCUCAAUUUAUGUGCCAAGUUCGCAAUGUUACACUACAUGCGAGUAUACUAGGCUGACAAGGAGACGGAUGAAAUAUAUGCUCAGAUGACCCUUCAGCCAGUAACUUCUGAAAAUGAGGUCUUUCCUAUUCCAGAUCUAUGUCAUACUAGAUGUAAGCACCCAACUGAGUUCUUCUGUAAGAUUUUAACUGUAAGUGAUACUAGCAAACAUGGUGGAUUUUCAGUACCUCGAAGGGCUGCUGAAAAGCUAUUUCCACAGUUGGAUUAUUCAAUGCAACCUCCAAAUCAGGAACUUAUCGUCAGGGAUUUGCACGAUAACUUGUGGACAUUUCGACACAUCUAUCGUGGACAGCCGAAGAGACAUGUUUUGACCACUGGAUGGAGUCUGUUUGUGGGUGCAAAAAAGCUUAAAGCUGGUGAUUCUGUUUUGUUUAUCAGGGAUGAGAACUCGCAGCUACUCUUGGGUGUUAGAUGUGCCAACCGUAAACUAACAGCCCUGACAUCAUCUGUACUUUCCGCUGACAGUAUGCAUAUUGGUGUCCUUGCUGCAGCAGCUCAUGCUGCGGCAAGUAGGAGCCCAUUCACUGUGCUCUAUAAUCAUAGAGCAUGUCCUUCUGAGUUUAUAAUUCCUAUGACCAAGUAUCAUAAAGCUGCAUAUACCCAGGUAUCAAUUGGGAUGAGAUUUGGCAUGAUGUUUGAAACUGAGGUGUCAAGUAAACGCAGAUACAUGGGCACAAUUGUAGGUAUCAGUGAUUAUGAUCCUGUCAGAUGGCCUAAUUCAAGGUGGCGAAACCUGCAAGUGGAAUGGUAUGAACAUGGUUAUGGAGAAAGACCUGAUAGGGUCAGCUUAUGGGAAAUUGAAACCCCAGAAAGUAUUUUUGCAUUUCCUAAUGUAACUUCAAGUUUAAAAAGACAAUGUCUUCCUGGAUAUGUAGGUCCUGCAAUAAACAAUCAGUUUGUAAAUUUGAACCCAUUUACAAAUCCAACUGAAGAUGGAAAUGUCGACACACAGCACUUCUUCGCUGGUUUUGGGUCAGAAAAUUUUUCGAGGCUUCUUAACAAGCCUUGUAAUCCUAAUUGUGAUGGCCUGCUUGGACAUCACCAGUCCAUAUAUGCCGGUAUUUUGCAGAAUGUUAGAAGCUGUGAACUCUCAAGAAGUUUCUCAGUAAUUAUGCCAGCACUGCAUACAAUGGGAAGUUCUACUCAGCGGGAAGUAGUCACCACAGCAGCAAUGCAGCACAAUUUUGAGCCCACAGAGACAUUUCAGCUCUCUUGCAUUUCGGAUUCUGGAACACCCCAGUGCAUCACAACAGAUAUUCAAGAAUAUUUUGGCACACAAUUAAACUCUCUAGGUGAUGAGCUGCUCGUCCAAGGCAUCCUUUCAUCUGAGGUUCACGACUUGGAUGUUCAAGGAGACUGCACUGUGUUGCAGGGUGUAUCUAACUCAUAUGGGAUAAUGGACUUGUUCGAGGAGAGUAACAACCAGGGUGAGACAAUUGGCCAUCUCCAUCUUGACCCUAGCAAUGAAAGCAUGGAUAUGGGCCAUGUUCCAGGUGCAGCCAUGGACGGCCUCAGUCCAAUAGGAUCUUCCAGGUUUCAAAUUCCUUCUGUGAUGCCAGUUUGUAAUUUCACUUCAAAUCAGGAAUCAGUGUCUCACAUUACUUCAACAAGAAUGACAGACUCAGUAUUCUCGCUACAAGACGUCCCUGACAGCUCUGCAGGUACAUCAUCUGCCAUCAUAGCUAUGAAUGAUUGCAGCUUAUACCAUGGUUCCCGGAAGCAAGCAUGUCAACAACCUUUAAGAACAUACACUAAGGUUCAAAAAGUAGGAUCUGUUGGAAGAUCAAUUGAUGUAACACGCUUUAGUAAUUAUUUUGAAUUGAGAUCUGCAGUUGCCUGCAUGUUUGGAUUAGAGGGACAACUGGAUGAUCCACGUGGUUCAGAAUGGAAGCUUGUUUAUAUUGAUUACGAAAAUGAUUUUCUUCUGGUUGGGGAUGAUCCUUGGGAUGCAGAAGAUGAGCCAGGAAGGCAUGCAGCUGAUGGAUGGUUUUGCAUGUACCAUCAAGUAGAAGGAAAGGCACCUCUCGAGACAUUGCUCGCAAUAACCAUGCAACUCAGAGAAUGAAGCAAAGACAUAAAAUGUUUCCCAGUGAACUAUUUGUAUUUUUUUCUCUCCCCUCCAUGUUGUAUAUUAUUUGCUCUUUUUCGUUCAAGUGAGAAAAGGUUAUGCUUAUUGAAAAGCUUCAUGUAAUGAAUGAAGCAUAAAUCUCGCGAUCACUUGAAGCCCAUAAAUGAUGGAUAUUGUAUGGAAUGUAAAACCUAAAGGGUUUAAUUGGUG